GCACUCUCUAGGCUUGGUUGUCUACUUAAUCUAUUAUAUUGAAUCGAUCGGUCGAUUGUCUCACCCUGUCCUUGACACUUGUCUCACUGCUUGCCCCAUACAAUAGUAUUCUUCAGUUGACAGGACAACGACCGCAUAUUUUAUCCUGCUGGCAGGACGACCUUAUCCCACAUUCUUUACACGGGGAACAUUCAGGAAACUCUCAUCUGGUAUCCGAGCACGACGUACUCCUCAUAUCUUUGUCGCCUCCCUCUUCAUUUUGUCGGCGCCUUCCCCGACUCCUCUCUUCUAAUCUCCAGUCUAUCUUCACGAUAUCACAAUAUUGCCAAGAUGGAUUUCAACCGAGCAGCACUGCAAGAGUUCAUCACCCAACCGGUCUCACGGGAGAUGGUUGCUCAUCUGGCCCAACAAGCUGCACAGGUCAUCCGCUGUGAAUCCCAUGUGACAACAACCGCAACCACACAGCAUGCUUAUGGGCAACAUACACCUCCAAGCACUCCGCCGAUGGAGGAUGCCGAUCAGCAGUACCCCCGAUUACCGUCAGUCGAGGCGUUUAUCACUUCUUUGGUCACUCGUUCCCAGGUUCAGGUGCCGACCUUGAUGACAACCCUAGUUUAUCUCGCCCGCCUGCGUGCCCGUCUUCCCCCGGUCGCUAAGGGCAUGCGCUGCACUGUUCAUCGCAUCUUUCUUGCCUCGCUCAUUAUGGCCGCUAAAAACCUGAACGACUCUAGUCCCAAAAACAAGCACUGGGCCCGCUACACCACCGUCAAGGGCUAUGACGACUUUGGCUUUUCGGUUCCAGAGGUCAACCUUAUGGAGCGACAGCUCUUGUUCCUCCUAGACUGGGAGACCCGAGUUAACGAGGCGGAUCUUUUCAUCCAUUUCGAGCCUUUCCUCGCCCCGAUUCGCUAUCGUCUCCAGGAACGCGAAGCCAAGAUGCACCAGCCCCGCGAGUGGCACCGAUUCCAGGCCUCUGCUGAGCUCCUGGCAUGCCGUCUCCGUCGCCAGAAGCUGGAGGCUCGCCUGGAGGCCCGUCGCCGCCUUCCUCCAAGUCCCCAGUCAUCCGCAUCACUCUCAUCAAUGUCGUCGUCCUCGAGUCUUCAAAGCGACGCUGGUGCUUUCGUGCCUGACACCGACCGAUACCAGCCCUAUCCUCCUCGGCGACGACCAUCGAACCGCAGCCGCACAUCUGUGUCUCCUCCCUCAGUUCAGGAAGUCCCUGGCCUCUCUCGGACUGAGACUGUACCCACACUCUGCUCGCGAUCCUCUAGCGUCGCGCCCAGCACAAGAAGCAACACGCCAGCUAGCCUGCGCCCCUCGAGCUCAUACAACAGCAUGGAGGACGUCCAGGUUGUUGAUAGCCCGGGCCUGAGCAAUGGAUACGUCCACCUUCCCUCAAUGAUGAUCCCCACGGACGUGGCAAAAAACGACGAGCUGCAGCAGCCGAGCAAGAAGAUGCGAAUGAGCGGCCACAGUGGCAGCAGCGGGUUUGUGGCGCGCUUCUUGGCGUCAGCUACGGGCACCUAUAUGGGCCACCGGAUGCGGCCUCGUGUUUAGCGCACUGUGUCGCUUCCCCAACCCAACAACCACUGACAGUCCUUUAUCCAUCCUGCGCUGUUUGAGACUUUGAAGUUUGAAGUUUGAGCUGGCCUCACAGACAC